CAGACCGAUUAUAGCCGACACUUAGAUGAGAUAGCUAGGGAACUGGAGCGAGUAUGUCUUGAAGUGAAUCAAGAAUUCCUGGUAAACGGCAAAAAUGGAGAUGCCCUAAGGCUGAUGCAGCACUGGGAAACUUAUCGGCAACUGUCAGAUACUCCUAGUUCUUCAAUGGAAGAAGAAAUUAAACUGUUCCUAAGAAAGAUCAGCAGAUUGGAGGACGUCGCCCAGUUUAUCAGCUCGUACUAUCAAGAAUCAAUAGUUGCAGCUUUAAUGGACCGUCUGCAAAAAAUAUCCUUCGCAAUAAAGAAUGAAUCUUCACUUAAUGCUGGAGGAAAAUUCGAAUGGGUGGAUUCUGUAUUGAUAAAAUGUCUUCAAGAUGGUUCCUGGUUACUAGUAGACAACGUGAACUUGUGUAGCUCUGCUGUUCUAGACCGUCUAAACGCCCUUCUAGAACCUAAUGGAGUUCUAACGGUUUCUGAAAGAGGAGUGGACGCCAACGGUCAAAUGGUAGAAAUAAAACCGCAUAAAGAUUUUAGGCUCUUCCUUACGAUGGAUCCAAGAAACGGAGAAAUUUCAAGGGCUAUGAGAAAUAGAGGCAUAGAAAUCUACCUAUUAAACGAAGGAGAACUGCAACGCUCACAUGACAUCGACAGAAGUAGUUUAAUCCAGCUAGAAGGACUAAGCUCAUUCCAUGCACAAAUGCUAAUAAAACUACACAAUUUUAUUUCCGAACUCAUCAUAGGCGAAAGACCAAAUGUAAACGAGCUAAUUCAAGUCUCAACUUUAGCAGCUCAGCAACUAAAAUACGGUGUAGAUAGCAAAGAGACUUUUACAAGUACAAUACUGGAAAUUUAUUACAAAACUAGGUCACCCUGUGAAUUUACUUGCACUAAUUUUGAAACUGUUAUAAGCGAGGAAAUCACUAAAUUACUUAAUACCGAAUCCGGUACAGUCCCAGCUUGUUUUGACUCAAAUGCAACACUUAAAACACGAGAAAUAUCUCUGAAUUCAUCUAUCGAGAAGAUUAAACAACAGUCUGUCUUGCUUUUUGAUUAUUUAGAGAAUGUAGUCAAAACUUGCGCAGAUGUAGACGUUAAACUUGGACAUUUGCUCUUUUGCUUUUAUUCUACAACUUCCUUGGAAGAUAUAAGUGUUCGGCAUUCCUAUUUACAAGCAAAAAUUAAAUCUAUUCAACAUUUAACUCCACCAUUGCAAAAUUUGCUGUUAAAUAUAACAAAUAAGCUAUUGUAUAUAUGCCAGAGGAGUUCAACUGCCCUAAGUUUGCCCAUUGACCACAACUGGAUUCCAGAAAUAUCUACAUCGAAAGAUACUUUUGAAAGCAACACCUUAAUGUUGCCUUUGUUCUUCAGUGUUGAUACUUUGUUAGAAAAUACCAACUUAUCUAAUAUUUCUGGAAAUAGAAUAGAGUUCGAUGGCAAGAAAUUGAAUUUUAUUAAACCAAAAAAAGGAAGCAAGCUAACUCUAGUUGAAUAUUCUCGAUAUUUACAACACGGUUUAAUUGAAGACCGCUUUGGCGAUGUUGUUAUUCAAAAUUUUACUAAUCUAACUAAAGCCUACAACGAUUUUUUAAUAACUGUUGUGAAUAUGACAGAAAAUAUUAAUAAUCACGAUAUUAUAGAUUUGAUUUACAUGCUUUUUUGGAAAUCUAAGUUGGUAGAACUUCUUCACUUUAAUUAUUCCGUAGAUGUGGACCAAAAACAGCUACAAAAGGUUUUUGCUGAACUUCCUGUACACUACAGAUGGUUUUAUAAAUUUUCUGUGCAGGCCGUUUCAAAGAUUACAAAUCUGCCAGUACUAGAAAGCUUAGAAGAUAUUCUAAAGCAAAUAAAUAGUAAAUUAGAUAAACAGUUUUCGAUUAUGCAUAAACUGGGCAAAAACUAUCAGAAAUCGAGCAAUAGACCUCCUCCUUAUACAAGCAAAGAACACUAUGAUAUUAUCUAUAAAUUCAACGAGAUAAGUGAACGUUACAAUUCUAGUCGUAAAGGAAAUGAUGUUUUGAAUAUUUUUAACUCCUUCAAUGGAAAUAAAGGUUUAAGAUCUUCUCUGGUAGAGUUCAAAGCAGGAUUAGACUACGGGUUUAACGAUUUUGAUAAAAAGAUUGAGCAAAUAAAUGAAAUUAGCAUCAAAAUUAAUUCUCACAAUCUUGAACCGUGCACCAAAUUUGAAUUACAACUUGUACCAUUACUAGAUCAUUUAAUGCACUUACAAAUACGACAUAAUAUUUCUACCACACGUGACAUGCCGCUUACCAAAAAUGUACUCAUACCUACAGAGUUAUGUGGUACUCUAGUAUUGUACCAUAGAACAAAAGAUCCACGAUUAUCGUACGAAAUGUACCGGCACUACUACCAGUACCUUAUGCUGUCGCCCUCUGCACAACCCUCCAAAUUUUUGGGCGAAGACGAAGAGAAAGAGAUAAAUGAGUUUGGUCCUAAAAUUACUUUCCUGUUAAGUAAUUUGUUGAUCAAUGCCAAAGGUGUGGAAGAUUUGGGAAGAAUAACUCUUGGUAAUUUUAGACAUCUAAUGAAACAACACGAUGUUUUGAAUCUCACGCUUUGGGGUAAUUUAUAUCAGUUAUCCGACAAGGAUUAUUCAUUUAUGUGGUGUGAGAAACAAAAUAUCACAAAGGUAUACACCAAAUUUUUACAAGAACUAGCUCUUUCACUUAAGAUAACCACUGAGAAUGAGACUAACGAUCUGGUGCAAAAUAUCCUAAAGAAACUUCAAGAUGUUCAUAGUUCCGACGCUCAUCCUGAGCUAACUGGCCUCUUAGACAAAAUAAAAUACUCGUUCCUGAAAUUUCAACAACUGGAGAAUAUUUUAGAGCUCGAUGAGUUUAUUUUAACCAUUUCUUGUUUAUACCAAAGUGUUAGUUACUUAAAAGCAAAAUUCAAUUCCAAGCUUUCCUCGAUUGAUCCUCUUGCUAAGAAGACUCUUAAGAGGAAUUACUGUUUAGAGGCUAUAAAGAUGUUCGACGUCUUAAGAUUGUGUUAUGUUAGUCUUAAUCAAAUUUAUAGUGAUAAGAAGGAGACUGUUCAUGAUUACUGUAAAGAGAUAGAAGUUUUGCAGACGAAAUUGCAAUCUAAACAUCGCGAACUUAGCAAAUAUGUUGCUUACAGGCCGGAUGAUGUGCUCUAUAGUAAUGUUUCGGAGGUAAUAAAUUAUGCGUUUUCCACACUUCUUGCAGAUGAUUAUAUUGUAGAAGUGAACGACACUAACAGGCAACAAAUAAUUAGGGAGAGAUUAAACAAAGUUCCCAGCUACGAGAAUCUUAUCCACGAACUAAGCCAGUAUAGAAGCAGCUUUCCAGAUAUAAUCGAGCCUCUUCUGAGUAACAUUAGUGAGUAUUUGUAUGGUUUCAAACUGUACCUAAGCGUAUUGAAAAUGCAAGAUGAAAAACAGAAGCAAUCCAAUGCUAUGGUGUCUACCAAUGAUUUGAUUUCUUUGGUGCGGUUUCCAUCCAUAAAUCAAAACUCUGAGUACGACAUUAUUAAGACAAACAAGUCUGUUAAAUUUUUCCUUGACGAUACUGAAGAAUCUCAUGCUCAGGAACAAGAAAACUUUAGGUUACUUCAAUGUUCCAUAGUAGAAAGUGUCAACACAUCUAUAUCCAAUUCGCUGCCAUGCGAAAUUUUAAGAAAACACGACUUCUUCCAAUUCAGCAAACUAUUAGAUACUUUUAUUGGCGCUUACAAUAAACAACAGGAGCAAAUGGAGGCUAAGAAACAGGAAGAAGAAAGUUUAUAUAAGAUUAAAACAAAUCGCAAUGAUAAAUCAGAAGAGGAGCAGAUCCAAGAAGAUCUCAACACUCUAUUUCCCAACUAUCACACCAUCGACUUCGCAGACUUUCAAAAAGAUGCAAACAUCGACGACACACCUCUAGAAAAUAAAAUAGAAGCAAAGUAUGAGGAGGUCAUUUCGUAUAACGAUCUAACAGACAUCACUCAACUCCACGUUGAUUUACUCACUUGUAUGACUAGAAAUGAGUGGCUAAAUCCAACUAAGACCAAAAAACUAGUUCCCGAUUACAUUUUGCCGUUACUGGAGAAAUUCAAGACGUUCUCCAAAAUCCUGGAGAAGGUUAUGGAUAGUGUGGACUAUCGAAUGGACGAAGAUCUUAUUGCUAGUUUGAAUGUUUUAUUGGCAGUGAAGAAAAGAUAUGGCAACACUGAUGAUAUAUUCCAAAUAACCUCAUCUCAAAAAACAAAUGACUUCUACAAGGAUUCUAAUGUCGAAGAAGUCAAAUCUUGUUACCACGUUUUGGAAGAUCUCAAAAACAAAAUCAAUGAAUUGCUAGCAGAGUGGCCAGACCAGCCAACGUUAAAUACGAUCCUUACAGUAAUUGACAGGAUCUAUAAGUUUGAAAUAACAAGUCCUAUAUCAAGAUAUCUCACCGGUUUCGAAAUAUUGCUAACUAAGUGCCACGAAUGGGAAGAAGUGGCUCAUUCUGGCGUUAGUUUAAGUCAACACACUCAAAAUUUGACGAAUCAAAUUGUAACUUGGAGAAAAAUAGAACUUUCGGUAUGGAAAGAUCUUUUGAGUAAAGUACACGAUAGACUGAAUGAACCUUUACCUAAAUGGUGGUUACAUCUGUACAACGUAAUGCAUCAGUUUAUCGACGAAAGGAAGUUUGGAGAAAAAGAAUUAGUAGAAACAUUGCAGACGUUUAUAACCAAAUCAAAUAUGGCCGAAUUCCAGGGUAGACUGAAUCUUUUGUACGCUUUCCAUUGUCAUGCUACCUAUUUGGAACACACCGAAGAGACUGAGUCUUUCAUCAAUAUAUUAUGGAACGUAUAUAGCUACUUUAGGCAAUUUAAUGACGUGGUUUCCAAAAAAAUUAAGGAUUUAAAAUCUCCAAUAGAAAAAAAAUUAAAGGAUUACGUCAAAAUAGUCAGAUGGAAAGACAUCAACUACUGGGCCAUAAAAGAUACGGUCGAGAAAUCACAUAAAAAUAUACACAAAUUUAUGAGAGAGUACCAAUCAGCCUUGGAGCAACCAGUUUCACCUUGCAUUCAUAAUAUCGAUCCUGAAAGCAGUUCUCAAAAUGUUGGUAUUUGGGAUAAACCGAAGAACGGAAAAUCGCCUGAUUUCUACAGCCACUAUUUAACUAGCGAAAUUGACAACUAUUUAAGUGAUCAACAGGAAAUUCAACAUUCUAUUGAAUCUGCUACCGGUUCAGCAAAGAGGUCGCUUGAUAAAGCAACAAAAGUUCGUGAGUUAUCUAGGCAAAUAAUUUUAUCUACAACGUAUCCUGCAUUAAUACAAGACUUAGAUGGGUUUGUAACGGAAGUUAUAGAAACUAGCAGUCAUCUCCAGAAAUUAGAGGUUGACACAACUUUAACCAAGGAAAAACAAAAAUCGCAAGCGAAGAACAUUUUACAGCGAAAGCAUCGCGCUUUAGCAGAUCUCUUCAAGAGUCUUACAAAGAUGGGACUAUCUUUUAAAACUGGUAUUGUCGAUAGUAAAGUCAAAGAUCCAACUGCAGAGUUUCUCAUUAAACCGAUCGAUUUAGAAAGCCAGUUUCGUAAUGAAAACUAUGGCUAUAAAGAAGAGAGAAUAUUGUCAUUUUGGGAAUCGAGUGAAAAAUAUUACGUGCGUUCUUUAAUGAGAUUCGACGUACUGGAAACGGCUUUGCAAAAUCCAUCUAAAGAACUUGGAAUGCAAAAUAUCGAGAGGCUGAAAGGUUUCAGUCAGGAUAUGUUGACUUCAAUUCAACACCAGAAGAUUAAAUUAGUAGAAGCCAGCAGAGUUUAUUACUACAUUAGACACUAUGCUCGUCAACUCAAACAAUUUUGUAAUGCCAAAGAAUAUCUUCCAUGUAAUGUGAUCGAUAGCAUAACGGUUUUGUUGUCUAAAAUCAACUCCACGAUGAGCCAGUAUCAAAUAUGUUUAAAUACUUGUCCAGUAGAGAACAGUUUUAACUCUGAAACUGUUGAAAUUCUUAUUCUGGAGACUAAUUUGGAAAACAGAAUAGUUUACAAAAAUGACAAGUAUUGGUCUAAAGCAACUGCUCUUAUCAGCAAUAUUCAAUCUUCUUGUAGGAAACUUAUUUCACAACUAUUUAAAGCCAAAGCAGUAGUACCAACCACUGAUUUCCAAUUACUGAGGGAUCAAUAUGUACCUAUAACGAAUUUAAGUGAACUAAGCAAUAAUUUAUCAAGUGUACAGGAAGAAAUAUUGAGUCUUAAAACAAUUUUUGCCAACACAAAACUAAUAAAUAAUUUACUAGUGUUAGCAGAUGAAGUCCAACAAAUUACAACUAAUUUAAAAAAUCCAGUAGUAACUAUUACAUCAGUUGAAGGCGAGAUUUCUGCCAAAUGUGAACAACAAAUUAAGAAAUUAUCCAAAAAAAUUUUAAAUACUGUCACAGAUCUGCACAAACAAUAUGAAGCUAUACCUAAACCCAAAGAUGAUUCUGACCAAACUGAAGAAAGUAUUCUAGAAGACCACCUGACAAAAUACUUGGUGGACAACUUGUCGAAAGAUAUUUCGCAAUUGGACAUGCAGGUAAUCCUAGAAGAAAUUAACCAAGUAGCUAGUUAUAUUAUGGGGGCUUCUUUGGAAAAUAUGGAUAAAAGAAAAACAUUGGCAGGUCAAGUUUACCAUGUGCUGGACCAAGCUAUACUACUCCAACGAUAUUUUUUCACUCAACAAGUUGCUGCCUAUAGAGUUAGCUGCAAGAUGGCUUCUGUGUUACUCAAUAUCUUUAUCGAAUUAGCUUCAAAGGGAUUCUGUAUUCCACCCGAGUUUUCCGACGAAUUCGAUAAAGAAGGAAUAAGUAAACCAUCGGACGGCUUAGGAUUAGGAGAAGGCCAAGGAGAACGGGAUGUUUCGGAUAAAAUAGAAUCCGAAGAUCAACUGGACGAUGCUCAACCAGCAGGCAAAGAGAAAGAUAACGAAGAGGACAAAGACUGCAAGGAGGAAGAAAAGGGAAUUGAGAUGAGUGAAGAUUUCGAUAGUAAACUGCAGGAUAAAGAAAAGAAGGAUGAUGAUGACAGCAAUAGUGAAUCUGGUGAUUCGGAUGCGGACGAACAGAUGGGGGAGACUGAAAAGGGCGCAGAACAACAAAAUUCAGAGACAUUUGGCGAUGAUAAAGAAGAAGGUGACGGCGAAGAACAAGAAGAAGGUCCCGAACAAAAAGAGGAGAAGGGAGAAAAAGGCGAGAAAGAGGGAGAAGAACAACUGGGUGCUAAGGAAGGUAAAACUGCCAAUGACGAAGAAGACCAAAAAGAAGGAAAAGAAGAAAAGGAGAAAAAUAAAAAAGAAAUUAAUGAGAUGGAAGAACCUGAGUAUGACGAUGAACAAAUCGAUCCACAUCACGGCCAACAACAAGAACUACCAGAACCCGAACCGAUGGAUUUACCGGAAGAUAUGCAACUGGACGAGGGAGAAGCCAACGAUGAAGGAAAUGAUGACAAGCAAGACGAAAAUCCAUUUGAUAUAGACACUAUGAAGGCAGAUGAUAAACCUGAUGACAAAAACGAUGAAGCAGCAGAUGAAAAUAAAGACGAUGAGUCUAAAAGAGACGAUGAGAAAGAUUUUAGUAGUGAUGAUGAAGAUGUUGAAAGAGGAGAUAAAAACGACGGAGAAGAAGGAGCAGAUGGCGAAGACGAUGAAAAUAAAGAUGACGAUGCUGUAAAAGAAACAGAAAAAGCUGAUAAAGAAGAUGAUGCAAAUAGCGAAAAUGGGGAUGAAUAUGCGUUAGAUCAGACACAAAGUCAUCAAGAAAAUGUAGAAGCUAUGGAAAUAGACGAUGCAGAUGCAGCUGAUAAGGCGCAAGCCAACAAAUCCGAAAACCAACAAUCAAACCAACCAAUCGACGAGCUUCAACAAGAAGAUCGGCCGGAUAAAGAAGGCGUCGGUCAAUCGCAGAUGGAAGAAACCAGUUCUGGUCACACAGCACAAACCAGCGCCCCACAAGAAAUAAAAACGGCCAAAGAUAAUCGAGAUAAGGAGGAACAGAAGAGAAAACAGAAACCUGGGGAGAGUGACUCCAAACGAAGUUUGGGAGACGUGGACCAACCUGUUCGGAAGAAAUUGAAAACCGUGGAAGCGAAAAAUGAUAGUAAACAGGACAAGGAGGAUAAAGGGGACGAAGAUGCCGAUAUGUAUCAACAUAUUCAGGAUGCUGAGAAGACGGAAACUCAGGUUCUCGAUGUUGCUACACAAGAACAAGCAGAAAAUCAGAAAAAAGAAACACACCACGAAGAGGAAAAAGAUGAAGAACCUACAGAAUCCUCAAAAGAUCUUCCAGAAGAAGAAGAGACUGAUGUAAUAGACGUAGACACCGCAGAGUCGGAAGUAGCAGAGAAAUUAGGCGAAACAAAGGACCAAAAGACUAAAAAGCAGCAACAUCCUCAGGGUGAUGUUCUAGAGGAAGUACAAGAAAUAGAAAUAGAAGGGGAGCUAGUCCAAACAUCAACUGUAUCUCGUAGUACUGAGUCUACACAUCAUACCCAGUAUUCCACAAUUGCAGAAACUACAGCUUCUAGACUCUCAGUAGAAGAAAUCAAUAGUCUUCGGCUUGAUGUUGAAAGACAAUUGUCGGGUUGGAACGAACCUCCCUCUACCGUAGAAGCAGACCAAGCUUGGCAGAAAAUAUCUUCGGUUACUUCGUCGUUGGCUCAAGAUUUAUCAGAGCAGCUGAGACUCGUGUUGGAACCUACGCAAGCAAGCAGAUUACGUGGAGAUUUUAGAACUGGUAGAAGAAUUAACAUGAGAAAAGUGAUACCGUAUAUUGCAUCACAAUUUAGGAAAGACAAAAUAUGGCUUAGGCGUACUAAGCCGUCCAAAAGAGAAUAUCAAAUAGUAUUAGCCAUAGACGACUCUUCUAGUAUGGCUGACAACCAUUCCAAAGAAUUAGCGUUUGAAAGUGUAGCACUUAUAUCCAAAGCACUAUCUCUUUUAGAAAGUGGACAAUUGUCGGUUCUGAGCUUUGGCGAAAACGUGGAAGUCAUCCAUAAAUUGGCGGACCAAUUUACGGAUAAGAGUGGCGUCAAACUAUUACAAAAAUUCAAGUUUGAUCAAAACAAAACUUGUGUAGCUAAGUUAGUGGAUUUUUCGACGGAAAUGUUUAACCAAUCCCAGCUACAGUCCACCGCACUAAAUGCCAAAUUACUAGUGAUUGUAAGCGACGGAAGGGGCGUAUUUUCGGAAGGUGAAACUUUUGUUAAACAAGCUGUACGCAGGGGGAAACUUUCCAAUAUAUUUAUGGUAUUUGUAAUUAUAGAUAAUCCAGAAAAUAAGAACUCUGUGCUAGAUAUAAGAAUGCCUGUAUUUAAAGACGGAAAACUUCAUGAAAUUCAUAACUAUAUGGACGUAUUUCCAUUUUCGUUUUAUAUUAUUUUAAGAGACAUUAAUUCUUUGCCUAGUGUUUUAAGCGACGCCUUGCGACAAUGGUUUGAAAUCGUGUCAAAUUUAGAUAAGUAAUCAUGAUUUUUGUUAAUUUAUUAAUAAAGCAUGUCUUUAAUAA